GACUCUUCAAGAAAUCACAAUGUCAAACAACACAGACCUUUCUCUCUCUUCAUACGAUGAAGGUCAGGGGUCUAAGUUUAUUCAGAAAGCUAAGGAGACACUGUUCCCCCCCCCCAUUGGAAUGGCAGGCUUUGCAGCAAUUUUUGUGUAUGGGUUACACACGCUGAAGAGUAGGGGAAAUAUGAAGAUGUCCAUUCACUUGAUCCACAUGCGUGUAGCAGCCCAGGGCUUUGUUGUGGGGGCCAUGACUCUUGGUAUGGGCUACUCCAUGUACCAGGAAUUCUGGACCAAGCCUAAGCCUUGGAAGAGCUGCUGUGCUUGCUUUAGUUAG